ACAGAAACUUCACCGAGUCUCUCCUUAUAAAUAUCAAGCUGCAGAAAGUUCGGCUCACAGCGUACUGGGGUCUGUCUUCAGCUGAUUCUCUUGGACUCAUCUCAGGUGAAAAGUAAACAGAAAGCCAGGAUGCUGUUCGCCUUUCUUCUUUUGUCCUCUGGGUUUUUCCUGGACCUGGUGGUGUGUGCUGCAGCCCAAUCUGAACUGAGAAUCACAACCAUAAAGCAAGAGCCAUAUACAAUGGCCAAAGGAAGUCAGCUGGAAGGCUUCUGCAUGGACCUGCUCUCUGAAGUGGCCAAGAAAGUUGGGUUCAAGUACAAAGUGAAGCUGGUGAAAGACGGCGCCUAUGGUAGGCAGGAUGAGAGCGGGAGCUGGAAUGGGAUGAUCGGAGAGGUCCUGAGAGGGGAGGCAGACCUUGCGAUUGCUCCGCUGACUCUGACUGCAGCGCGGGAGAAAGUCGUGGGCAUGAGCAAGCCCUUCAUGCAGACGGGGAUCAGCAUCCUGCUGAGGAAGGACAUCUCAGAGGGUGCUGGUUUCUUUGACUUCCUGACCCCCUUCGCUCCAGAAACCUGGAUCGGCAUACUCAUUGCCUACAUGUGUACUGCUGCUAGUAUCUUCAUGGCUGCCAGACUAAGCCCAUGUGAGUGGAGUGAGGCUCAGAGUGAGAGAAACAGAUUCAGUUUCCUCUACAGCUUGUGGUACACAGCUGGAGGUCUGACGCUACAAGGUGCCGGUCCUCAUCCUAAAGCCCUUUCAGGUCGCGUCAUCUGCAGCAGCUGGUGGUUGUUUUCUGUCGUCCUCUUGGCUUGUUAUUUCUCCAACCUCAGCUCCUCCAAAACCGCGGAGUCCAGUCACCUGACCGUGAAAGGGUUCGAGGACUUGGCCGGUCAGGACACCAUCGAGUACGGCUGCCUGGCUGGUUCCUCCACUCUUGCUUUCUUUAAGAAUUCGAACAACCCAGUGUACCGCAGAAUCUACGAACACAUGGAGAGAACACAGAGUUUCGUCUCGUCGAUGGAUGAGGGGGUCAAACGAGCAAAAGAGGGAAACUUUGCCUUCAUCGGAGAGUCUGUUUCUCUGGACUUGGCCGUAGCGCGUCACUGUGAGCUGGUGAGAGCACAUGAGGUCAUCGGCAUGAGGGGAUACAGCAUCGCUACCCCACUAGGUUCCCCGAUCAUAAAGAACCUCAGUGUGGCCAUCCUUCAGCUCAGCGAGGCAGGCGAGCUGGCCUAUCUGCGGAGCAAGUGGUGGGCCAGCAGCUGCAUAGCAGACAAGGCCAAGCCUGCAGCUGUGCAGCCACACAGCCUGAAGGGGAUGUUCCUGGUGCUCGCUCUGGGCCUGGGCCUGGGGACUUUGGUGGCUGUUCUGGAGCUCACCUUUAAGAGUCGCAGAAAGGCUGCAGAACAGCAGAAGCCAUGUUGCACCGUGCUGACCGAGGAGCUCAGUCUGCGCCUGAAGAACAGUGGCGCAAACAAACCCCAAGAAAAUGCUGACAAAGAAAAACCAUAGAGGCUCUUUCAAACAUGAACUAGCCCGAAAAAAAAGUUGGUGCCCUUUAAAUUAAAUCAGACUUAAUUUUAUAGGUUUUUAAAUUUAACCUUUACUGUUAUAGGUUUUUAAAUUUAACCUUUACUCAAAGCAAACAUUGUUAACUCACAAAACUCGUAUUGCUUGUUACGCCUGUGUUCUAAGAUCAGAAAUAAAAAUCACUGUUGGUUUUUAUGAAAAAUAACGUUUUUAAUCCAAGUUAACAUAUCAAAUCUGAAAACAUGACUCACAUAUGAAGGUUGACUAUUAAUUUAACAGUUUGCAAGCAUUUCUGUACAGUUGGCAGAAGCGUCAUGUGUUUCCAGUAUUUUACUUUUUUUUUUUUUUUUACAAUGUCUCAUAAUAAAAAGGUAAGGAACGUAAACAUCCCAGUUGAUCUAAAUAUAAAUAAAGUUUGUAUUUCUGCUCCAAGUUCGA